AAAAACACCCUUAAAUUUAGCUUUAAGUGCUAAGAAAUUUAAUUUUGAUCUGCGAGAUAUAUGACACGAUAAGUGUUUGAAAAUUUAAGGUGGCUCUGAACCCCACAUACAAUUUUAAAAAUUUUGCCCACAAUUGCGUCUUAUCCCGCUGGUCAGAGUUUAUUCAUUUUCGUUCUAUUUUGGAGUCAUUAACACUUUAAGCUAAAAUCAAAGGUGCUUUCAGCUGGUCAUACUGUUGCUAUAGUAACCUUUUAUAUUCCGAAAAUGGUAACAUUGUGUUCCCCAAUGAUUGGGCAGUUGUUUGACGCCUGAUUGUAGCUGAUAAGAAAAGAGUGCUUAUAAUGUUAAAGACUCAUCAAAACCUAAGUCUUGAAAAGUGCUGGAAUAUAUGAUCGCUUCCAUCCCUGAGGAGUUGUAUCCAUAAAACCGCAAUGAUUACUGAACAUUUUCUCAGCGACUGCAGAAAUCAUAUGAAACAAGCGUUGAUCAGCACCUUACUCCGUUUGCGUCCGUGGCUAAUGCUAACUGCUUGUUAUCCUUUAGUGAAAGCCAGCCUUAAUGUAUUCAUAGUAUGCCACGCGUUGAUAGUAAGUGGCACUGAAUUUAAUUCACCCCAGCCCUUUUAUUAGGACAUGAUGAAAGAGAAUAUUAAAUUUAAUUAAGUAAUCAAAACUAGCGUAAAACUGUCAGUUCGUAGUACUGAUGAAGACCUAAAUAAACAAUGUAAGAGUAUUUUACACUCCAGAGAGGUCCUAAUGAAGAAAUUCAUAUCGUCAGUAAGUUGUGCCGAAUUAAUAAGCCUUUCGUGUGGGUAAUCAUUAAUUUAUUCUUUUGACAUAUAUGUAAACUUGCACUGUCAGGUUUAUCUUUUAUCGAUAAAUAUAUAUUUUACUUAUACAUCACGUAAUAUGACUGUUUUCUUUCUUAACACUUUUGAUUAAAUUUACAGCUUACGUUCUCUUUGUAAAGUGAACUGAAAUUCUUAGUAAUGCAUGCAAGCAUAUUUCUUCACGUUAAAAAUGAAAAAACUUCCCGCCGCCCCCCUACAGCUGUUUCUCUGGCUUCAAUGAAACAUCUCGACAUACGAGACAACAUAGUGACAGCAAUCAGUUGGAACUUUUAAUUGCCGUUUUAACAUAUUGUGCCCGUGUUGACGGUAGUUCGUAAUUGCAAAGAAAAACUGACGAGAGGAAAAGGAGUUGAUGAACUAAUUUUCGUAAGCGGAGGGUGCUCUAACGUUCUGAAGCCAAAACAUUUUUGUGGUGAUAAAUGUGAAGCUGAAUUUGAAACCUUCAUCAACUUGUGAAUGGGACGUGAGAGACAUGCAAUUAAUCGGGUGGCUUGAAACGUGCAGAAAUGUAAAACAGCAGGUGUGCAAAUUCACAGCUAGGCGAAUGAAAGCAUAGAAAAUUAUAUUCAGUACCGCAACUCGGCAUUUACAAUAGGUUAACGGACACCAACAUUCGUAUAGAUUUUUGUAAAUGAAGGUUUUUUGUCACUUUUUAAGCCAUGCUAAGCCAUGAAGAGGCGUGUUCUGUUUUUUUUUGUUUUGUUUUGAAAAAGCAGUUGAGGAAUAACUUUUAAGUUAGAUAAACGGUUUGAUCAUCGAAUUUGAUUCAGUAUUCGAGAAUGUCUGCUUACUCAAACACAACGCGUGUGCUGAAUGGAACAAAGCCAUCGAAUUGCUCCAGUCCUGACAACCUUUCGGCUAAGAUCGGCAAAACAUUUGCGUACUGCCUGCUCCUUACUGUCUCGCUGGCUGGAAAUUCCUUCAUCGGAAUACUUGUCUACAAGACGAAAACCAUGAGGAAAACCAUCAACUUCAUGAUUGUGAACAUGGCUGUGUCCGAUCUACUUUUUACGAUUUUCGCCUUGCCGUUAAUACUUGCAGAACUCCAUGCGGACUCCUGGCUUAUCCGUGGCGUCCCAGGUGAGGCGCUAUGUAAGUUGGAAUACUUUUUACAAGACAUCUCCACUGCCGUAUCUGUUCAGAGCAUGGUUCUUAUCACAGUGGAUAGAUUUGGAGCUGUAGUAUUUCCCCUGCGUUCUCCACUUAUCACUUCAAAACUGUGCCUCGUCUUCAUUCCGGCCACGUGGAUCGUCGCGUCUGCCGUUUUUACGCCGUAUUUAUUCGCCUUAAAACUUGUUGAAAACCGCGGAGAUCUGACGUGCGCCCUACGUUGGAAAGAAGCGUUUGGUAAAUCGUCAUCUGAAGUACAUUUCAUGCUAGCGGUAUCUGCCGUGUUCCUUUACAUCCCUUUUGCUUUAAUGCUCAUCCUCUACUCUAUCAUUAUUAUAAAACUCAAGACAAAGAAGCUCCCUGGUGAACAAUCGCUCAAAGCUGAGAAACAACACAGUGAAAGACACAGAAAUGCGCUUAAAAUGGCGAUUGCUAUCGUUUUAGGAUUUGCCAUAUGCUGGAUUCCCCUCAGUGUCUUUAAUGUUCUGUACCUCUUCGUAUGGGACAACUCCACUGCUCUGCCAUUUAGCAUAAUGCACUAUCGUUUUAUUGCGUCAUUUAUAGCACGAGCAAAUUGUGCCGUAAACCCUUGCAUCUGUUUCACUUUCAGUGAAAAUUAUCGCAGAGGUUUAAAGAGUCUUUUUAACUGUUCUGGAGGCUUGAAAAAUAGUCGUAAAAGUUAUACUGAAUUAUAUUCCAUAAAAAGUAAAGACCGGCUUGUGCACAAAACAGCUAAUAAUUAUGCGGUUAGUGGUCAGAGAAGUAAUUAUUUUGUCAUGAUUUCUACUGUGUAAUGUCCACUUUCGGUCCGACCUCGCCUCCGGCUGUGCGUAUCGGUUUUUAGUUGACGUUUGGUCCCUGAAGGAAAAUUUUAGUUGUUUUUCCACAUAUAACUACCAUUUUGGCUUUCGAUGUAUCUAACAUCAUUUUUUUUUUUCAAAGAAACCUUUUAAUAACUAAAUUAAAAACCCAUAGAAGAGCAAUAAGGCGGGAGAAAGAAUAAACUGAAGGCAGAGGAAGAAAAAAAACCGUCUUAUCAUUGGCUUCUAAUAUUUGAAACUUUCUCAGUUAUCGUUUUUAAAAUCACAGUUUACGAACCAUUAGAGUUUCAGACGGCGAUAUCAGAUUACUUAGAGCUGUGUAUAAAUAACAUACUAAAUUCACGAAUAAAAUUAAGUUAACUUUUGUGUUGCCGUGUUUUUCUUUUUUUCGUUUUUUUUUUUUUUUUUGUGUGCUAGUAGUUGUUUUUGAUGCUUUUUUUAUGGGGAGAACGGUUUAUAUCGCAUAUUAGUGAUUUUGAACAUUGUAUAUGCAUUUGCCCCGUCUGUUGCGGCAGACUAUAUAUAGUUAGAUUAGGUUUCGACGCAUAAAUUGCACCCGACUCCGUAAAGAAUUAAUGAGUUGGACGGCUGGCAGGUGCAGGUGUUCCCGUGUGAAAGGGUAUUUGACCCAUGUUUGGCUAUGAGGACUGCCGCCAAGGGUUUGAAAGUCUUUCGAGAAAGAAAACCUAAGCAAUGAAUCCACCCCAAGCUGGACAAUUAAUAUUUGGCUCUUAUUAACCGAGCAGUAGGUCUGUAUCCCAGAAUCGUGAUAAGA